UCUCAAGAUGUCAACCUCAGUCCCACAAGGCCAUGACUGGACCCGGCAGGUGAAGAAGGAUGAUGAUGAGGAAGAUCCACUGGACCGGCUGAUCACCGGCUCUGGCUGUGCUGCCUCUCACUUUGCAGUACAAGAGUGCAUGGCCCAGCACCAGGACUGGCGUCAGUGCCAGCCACAAGUGCAGGCUUUCAGGGAUUGCAUGAGUGCGCAGCAGGCAAGACGGCGGGAGGAACUGCAGAGGAGGAAAGAGCAAGCCAGUGCUAAACAGUGAGAACUAAGCCAU